CAGAUGUUGCCAUCGAAGGCACUUACAAAGAGAUUCUAUCUGCUACUAAAGAUGAUUUGCAUAUCAUAUCACUAUGACAAUCUACAUGGUUGCCAAGGGGAUAUUGAGGUAAUUUUGGAUUCAUGUACAAGGGAGGAGUCUUUUAGAGGACAUAUAGCCUUCCUUGUCCAAGUUCUCAAAGAAGACUCCGAAGUUUGACAAUAUACGGACGGUUUUAGAAAAGGUCGCUUCCUCUCACAGGGUCGAUUAACCUUUAUAUCUCUGUUCACUAUGCAACUUUAUGUAGUUCUGACCAUUCUGGUUAUGACUCUGUCCACAGCAUAUGGAUUAGCAUGCUUCAAAUGUGCGACCUCCAACCGUCCAUCCUGCAUUGGGAUCGAAGUUUGUUCAGGCUCUAACGACCGCUGUUUCUCCAUCAGUAUUGCCGGUUUGGUCACUAAGGGCUGCAAAAACCGUUUUCUAUGUUUAAUCCCCAACUCUUGCUGUGAAACGGACCUCUGUAACAGCGCCAUUCCCACUGGUCCCAGUGUCGUCCUCCUGCUGGUAUCAUCAGCCAUCAUCACACUCUUUCUCUGAGACUCUGGAUUUGACUUUUUUUCUUACCAAAUUUGUAUAACUCAAGAUGAAUAAAGAAAAUUCCAAUGAAUUCCAAAAUGAAUGACCAAGUAUCUUUUACCAGUAUCUGAUACAAAUCAGAUACAAAUCAAGUUCACACUUCCUCCAUGAAAUGGCUGUCUGCCCACACUCUAGGCCAACACUGAAAAAGCUUUCACUUUCUUCCGCAUUUUAUGUUACUAAACUAACUGCCAGCCAUAUAAAUGAAAGCGUUACAACCCUAAAUACUAUUAAAUACUCACUCUUGAGUAUUAUGU